CUUUUUCUCACUUCUUGGGGUGUUUUGAAUGCGUGACCAAAAAGAACCAGAUCCCAACACACGAAAAGAAAGCCUUAGAAAACACAUGGCUUCACAAGAGGAAAACCAAGCUCAGCCCUUUACAGACAUCUUUGAUGAAGAUGAAGCUGAAAGAUCUUUUCUGUUGUCCAAGCCCACUUGCUUAAUUGUCUUUGGAAAGCCAGGUUCUGGAAAGAAAACGUUAGCUAGAAAACUAGCACAGAGAUUGAACUGCAUUUUCAUAGAAGCUUCAGAAGUAAUUGAAACAAAUGUUCAACAAGGAACAGUAUAUGGACUUAAGUGUCAAGAAUUGCUUUGUCAAGGUCAAAGUAUUCCUGAGAAUCUGGUGACAGAAAUGAUUCUGCAGAAGAUUGAGUCACCAGAAGCUGCUCAUUUUGGUUAUGUUCUCACUGGAUUUCCUUCUCUCUCUGAGGAAUACAUGACUAUUCCACAGCAAAUAAAGAAAAUAAUGAAUCUAAAAUUAAAACCAGAUAUCCUGAUUAACAUUAAGUGUCCAGAUUAUGAAUUAUGCCAAAGAAUAUCAGGACAAAGGCUAAACCCUAAUUCAGGAGAGAUAUAUCAGAGGAGCCAGUGGGAUCCUAAACUUACUGACAAGCAUAAGAAAGAGAAAGAUCAGGAUGAAGAAGAGAAUGAAGAAGAAGAUGAAGAGCGGGAUGAAGAAGAAGGAGAAGAGGAUAGGAUCAUGGUCAGCAAAUCUUUUCAUCAAUUAGUGCACAGACCUGAAGAUUUUCUUGAAAAUGCAGAGAAAAGAAUUGGAAUAUACAAGGAUAUAAUACUUCGUCCUUUAGAAGAAUUGUUGACUGACCAGGAUUGUCGAUACCUUAUUGAAGUGGAUGGAAGUCAGCAACCAGAUGAUGUCUUUGAGACAGUGGCAGGCCGACUUCAGUCUAUGGAUAUUCAAAAUGCAGCUCCUAUAAUCAGACUUCAAAGUGACCAAGAAGAAGAAACACUGGAGGGAAAGCAAAAGGAUGAACUUCUCCGGGCUCUCUCAUCUUACAAGUUGAUGGCACCCAGAUACCGAUGGCGUAGGAGCAGGUGGGGACAGGUGUGUCCUGUGGCUCUAAAGGAAGGGGACAUUGUAAUGGGAAACCCAGAGUUUGCUGUCAGUUUUCUAGGUAAAAUGUACGUAUUGUCAUCCCAAGAGGCAUUUAACAAAUUUAUACUGAAUCCACGGCCUUACCUCUUACCUCCAAUGCCAGUUUCUCCUUGUAAAGUAUUCGUAUUUGGUCCUUCAUUCUCUGGAAGAACAACUAUUUGUAAUGGAAUUGCACACAAUUAUAAAGGAAAGGUUCUUGAUAUGGACAAACUCAUUCAACAAUAUAAUGAAUCAAGAGAAAAAAAACUUGAGGAAUUGCAAAAGAAUGCAGUGGAAAAGGCUAUAGCAGCAGUGAAAAAUAGACUAGAAUCAGGAGAACAAUCAGAAGAAUCAGGAAUACCAGAGAUAACUGCUGAACAUCCAGAAGUUCAAGCCAUGGUAGAAGAAGCCAUGAAAAGUUCAUCAGUCUCUGAUGGUCCAAUGUCACCUCAAUUAUAUGCUGAAGUACUGGAGGAAGCUAUUGCAGAGCUUAUGAAGACGAACAAAGACAGGUUUCCUGGUGCUUCUGAGAGAGGAGGGUGGGUAGUGGAUAACUACCCUCUGUCAGCAGACCACUGGUCAGCUUUAUCAGAGAAAGGACUUCUACCUGACACUGUUGUCUGCCUGAAGGAUACGCAAAAAGAUGGAGCCUGUAUACUACACAGAGCAUUCCUAGCAAGUAGGAAUGAAAAUAAUUCUAAGAUUUUGGAAAGACCAACAACAGAUGAAGCAUUAAAAAAGGAAGAAGAUGAUGCAAGAGAAGGAAUGGAAGAAACACUGAUAUCAGAGAAAGAUCAGUCUCCAGCUGCUGCUGAGGAGAAAGAAAUCAUGCAACCUGAGUUUGCAGAGGAUGAUUUUCCAGAUGCAGAAGAAAUGGAAACAAUUAAAAUGAAGAUCGACCUUUUCAUGAAUGAUUGGGAAAAAAUGGAAUCAGUAAUCAAGAAGUCAUCUCAAGUUCAGGUUGUUGUUUUAGAGAUUGCUGAGCAAACACCAGAAAGUCUGCUUAAUCAAACCGUGCUGGUUAUGGAAAAACCUUUUAAUUAUUAUGGCUGGGAAUUAUCUGAUGAAGACUUAGAGGAGGAAGCACAAGAUCUGGCUGCUGAAGGGGAAAAUGAGGAAGAGGAAGGUGAAGAAGAGGAAGAAGAGGAGGAAGAAGAAGGGGAAGGGGAAGAAGAGGAAGAAGAGGAAGAAGAUGAAGAAACAAUUAAGCAAAAGAAAAGGCACAUGGGAGACUCAAAACACUUUUGUCCUGUUAGUCUGAAAGAGAACUUUGUCCUCUACCCUGGACUCCAGGAAUAUGCAGCUAAAUAUAAAGAAAAGAUUUAUUACUUUUCAACUUCCGAGUACAGAGAUAAAUUUUUGAAGAACCCUGAGGAGUAUGUGGCUCACAAUGAACCACUACAAGCUCCUCCUUUACGGGUGUGUUUACUUGGGAUUCAUGGAGCAGGUAAAACUACUUGUGCACGACAGAUAGCGGACAAAUUAGGUAUUUUCCAUAUUCAAUUUGAAGAAUAUCUACAGGAAUUAAUUUUACCCAAAACUAAAAGGAAAGUUGGGCCUUCUUUUGAUGAAGAUCAUGAAGAUGACAAUAAAAUACCAGAGGAACUGGAAGACUUCUCUCAGACCAUGACUAAAACUGAAAAAGAAAAAAGCAAACAGGAAGUGGAAUUAACUGAUGAGGAAAAGGCAAUCAAAGCAAAUCUAAUGGAUAAUAAGGAACUACCUCCAGAAGUCCUUGAUAAGAUCGUUCCUGACUGGUGGAAGAAAGAGCCAUUCCGGUCAACAGGCUUUAUACUAGAUGGCUUCCCUCGUACUUCAGAUGAAGCCAGAUAUCUGUCAGAACAAGGACUCUGUCCUGAUGUUGCAGUUUAUAUUCAAGUAGAAGAAGGUGACAUUCUUAACCGUCUUCUUCCUCUGCAUCUGGAAAAAUGGAAAGACAGACGGCGUAAAAAAAAGGAAUAUAAGAAAAAGCUGAAGGAACUAAAAGUAAAAAAAAGGAUUGCCAAAAGAAGGGAAGAACUUUUAGCAGAGCGACAAAAAAAGAAGCAGGAGGCUUUAGAAAAUAAGGAUAAUGAUGAAGCUACUGAGGAGGAGGAGGAUGAAGAUAUUGAAGCUGUACUUGCAAAAGAGUUCUUGGAAGAAGAAGAAGAGGAAGAACCAGAAGAAGAAGAAGAAAAUGAAGAAGAUGCUGUUGAGCGCAUGCAAAAUGAAAUUGUAGAGAAGUUUGAAUCAGAAAUAGAAAUAUUACAAAGUGUGAAGGAAGAACUUGAAAAGUUAUUAAUACCACCAGUUGAGAUCAAUGGAGGACGGAUACCUCGCAUCGUGUGCUACCAAAUAUACAGCAAGCUGAAUUCUCUAGUGGAAAACCGCAGGAGCAUUUUUGAGAAAUGUUACCCAAUAAGUUUGCCACUUGCAGAGAAGAUGCUAGUUUUCUCAUAUAAAUUACUAAGUUCUUUUGGCCAGUGGGAUCCAAUCAAGUUAAGCCAAGGAGAUGUGAUCAAGCCACAGGAAAGGCAAGGAAGCACAGUCUUUCCAGUAAUCCAUCGACAAUAUAUUUAUUUCUUUUCAAGUAAAGAGAAUAAAGAAACAUUUAUGACAAAUCCCAUCAAAUAUAUUUGUCAGCCAAAGCCUAAGCUAUCUGUGCCAGUAAAGAUUGCAAUUGUGGGACUUCCAAAAUCUGGAAAGACUACAGUUGCCCAGAGACUUGCGAGUGCUUAUGGGUUCCUGCGCCUGUCCUUAGGAGAUGCCAUCCGGUUUGUGAUAAACAAUCAGCCAGAGAGUGAGCUGGCACUUAAGGUACAGUCACACCUUCUCCAAGGACUCACUGUACCUGAUGAAUUGGCCAUCCAGGCUCUAGAUGUGACUCUGCUAAAUCAUGUGGAUAAUGCCACUGGAGUUGUAAUUGAUGGAUAUCCUCUAACAAGAAACCACGUAAAUCUCUUGGAAUCAACUAAGAUAAUUCCAGUGAAAAUCUUUGAAUUAGAUAUGGAUACAAAGGAAGUGUUCAGAAGAGCACUGUUGGAUAAAGAAACCAAAAGCCGACUUCCCUAUCCUGAACAUGACAGCCCACAGAUUCUAGCUAUUAAAAAUUCCUGCUAUAAACAGCACAUUGAUGAUAUUAGAACUUACUAUAUGAAAGAACAUCAGAACUGGUGUGUGAUUGAUGCCAAUCAUAGCAAAUGGAAGGUGUGGAACACCAUUGAGCAGGAAGUUCAGGUGGUUGUUAAACAAAUCCAGAUAUACCUUGAAAGAAGAAAAGAAGGAAAAGCAGCCAGCAUUGCUGAUUUAUGUAUCACUCCCAAAGAACUGCAGGAUCAGCUGGGGGAAUGUGGACAGUAUAGUCCUGUCAGCCUUGCAGAGAAAGGUGAACUGAUUGACUGCUCUGUAACCCCCUCAUUGGAGUUUACUGCAGAAUUUCAAGGGCGCUAUUACAAAAUGGCUUCACAGGAAGAACUGGAAAAAUUCUUGAGCAGACCAGAUGUUUAUGUAUCAUCACUGGCAUCUCACCCUCUGCCACCCCCAUACAUGCUACCGAAGAAACUGACUGCAGCAGAAGUGAAGGCCUUAUUCCCUCUAAGGGCUGAAAUGCGAGGGUACUGUCCAGUCACUUACCUAGAUGGAAAACAGAGAUAUGAAGCUUUGGUGCCUGGCAACAUUGAGUAUGCAGCAAAAUACCAAGACAAGGUAUAUAUUUUUGAAAGUGAAGAAAAACUUCAGAAGUUUAUGAGGUUACCAGAGAAAUACUGGAAUCUGAAGCUUCCCCAUAAACUCCCUCCAAAAAAAGAGCCAAUGCUACUAACUACGCUUCCUUUGGCUGGAUACCUUGAACAGGGAGUAGCAACUUCUCUAAUAAAAGCUCUGCAUGAAGUUGGCAGCCUUAAGCCAAAGUUUCCAUUCCUAAGUGUGAAAGAAACUGCUCUGCUUUUUGUCUCCUUCCAUCUAAAAGCACACAACCCCCGGAGCUCGGAGCCAGUGCGGCAGAUGUACAGAAAGAAGCUGUUGCAGUUUGUGGAGCACUGCCAACUCAUCCCCUACCUGGGGACUGCCAUGGCAGGCCCGUAUAAGGAGCCAAGAGAUCGGCCCCUUGGCUUUGAUGACAGGCUGCAGACUUUUCUUUCUCUGAAAGGCACCCACCCCACUUUUGUGUGAACCCUGUACUUCCACUGAUUAGCACAUGGAGUGUUGCCAUUAGGCACCAGCAUGGCUGCAACAUGGCCCGUGAACAUCACA